AUGAGCAGCGGUAGAGACCAAUACAUAGAGGGUUAUGAUGGUUUCAAGGUCCUUCAGCUCCCAUUUCGACAAGGCAGUGAUAGCGAUCAUAGUUUCUCUAUGUAUUUCUAUCUUCCCGACGAGAAAGAUGGUUUGGAUAAUCUUGUGAAGAAAAUGACAUCAACUCCUGGAUUCGUGGAUAAUCACAUUCCGAGUUCCGAGGUUGAAGUUUGUCAGUUCAGAAUCCCAAAGUUUAAGAUCGAACUCGGGUUUGAGGCUACAAAGGCUUUCAAUGAGUUGAAACUGGUUGAUGAGAUGAAGAUUUCGCUGUACAAGAAAGCUUGGGUCCAGAUCAAUGAAGAUGGUGCUGAAGCUUUUUCAUACAGUUUUAUUUGCGCCGAAGAUGAUGAUGUCUGCAUGUGUCUGCCGACAAUAGAUUUUGUGGCUGAUCAUCCAUUUCUUUUUUUUGAUUAA